UCUGCAUUCCAGUGUUUCGCCGAGCAUCGUUCUUUGCAGACGUCCUGUGCGCGAGCCGACGAGCCUGUGUCCCAUCCGCGACGAGGACGACGGCGCCGUCUGGCAUGGAGGCCGCGUUGAUGCUCGCCGGGAAGUGCGCGGACGCGUAGGUGUCAGCCCGACCUUGGCUUCACUGGAUGCUACACUGACAUAUAAGGAAUGAGUCAAGAUGCGACCGGAGUUCACGUUGUGCGCCAUCGCCGCGGUUUUGCUCUGCGUCCUGGGAUGCUGUGCCUCUGGUCAGAAGUCGGAGCCAGGAAUGGUGUUUACUCGACAUCCUCAGGCAUUUACCGCACCCUUGGGCGAUGAAGUUUACUUCGAAUGUAGCCUAAAUCUCGCCGCGGAGAAGUUCGCCUGGAGGCACCGACCCCUCGGCUCCAGCGAGUGGAUUCUACUGGACGCGGUGACGGUCAAUGGCGGCAAGACCUCCAAAUACGUCGUGUACUUUGACGACGAGACGAAGGCCGGCGACUACCGAUGCGUCGCUUUUUACGGCACGAGCGGCUUAGCCUCGGAUCCAGCCCGACUCACGCAGGCUCGAAUAGACAAGUUCUCCGACAAGGGGAACGUCUACCUCCGGGUGCCGCUCGGCAACAAUGUCCCAAUAACUUGCCCAGUGCCUUACUCUGUGCCCGAAGCCGUCGUCCAGUUCUUCAAGGACGGUAGUUCGAUACAGAACGCAAGCCCAACCGGCAGUAAAGUCAUGAUUAUCGAGAGGGUGAAGCCAUCGGACUCUGGCAGCUACAACUGUCAGGCCAACAAUUACAUAACCUCCGAAACCUAUACCAGCAAUCACAAAACCCUACUGGCCGUCGAUAAAAAUACGACCGAUCAGGCGCCAUACUUUAUAAAGCAGCCCCAGAACGAGUACAAAGUGCAGCGCGGCAAGAAUGUCACGUUGGAAUGCUUCGCCGUUGGCUACCCCAUGCCUCAGGUGACCUGGACGAAGCUGGGCAGCUCACUACCGAGCCGAUCGAGCUACUCGCCGACGGGUCUCAGGCUGACGAACGUCCAGCCCUCCGACCGGGGCGAGUACGACUGCCUGUGGACGAACCGCGCGGGUCGCGUCAAGUCCGUGAUUAUCCUGACGGUGGUGGAGCCACCCUCGGUGCUCCGUGCCCCCAAGCUCUCGACGUUCCCGGAGGGCGGGGAGCUCGAGCUCUCGUGCAACGCGACGGGCUAUCCGGCUCCGGAUCUCGAGUGGCUCAUCAACGGCGAGACUCUCGCGCCCGGAAAGAACCUCGAGAUCAGGGGCUCGAGUCUCGUCAUAACGCUCGUGGAGAAGAAGCACGCGGGCAUCGUGCAGUGCGUCGCCAGCAACGAGUACGGCUCCCACUCGGGAUACAAUUACCUCAGGGUCAGCCCCAAGCAGCACGUGGGCGGCGGCACCAAGUCCAGGGGCGACUUUGGGCUGUCGAGCAACGGGCACAAGCAUACGAGGGUUGGCGGCAGACGAAGGGGCAAGAACGGCAAGCGCAAGGACACGGAUGUCAUGGUACCGCCCAACCAGCCAAAUGUCACGAGAUUAUCGGACAUGUCGGUGAUGGUGAGAUGGUCGGUGCCGGAAAAUCACGGGCUGCCAAUUUCAUUCUUUAAGGUGCAAUAUCGCGAGCUCGGACAGAAACCCAACAGUAAACAGGCCAAGUGGAUGACCGCCAACACAGAGAUCCCAAGUCACAUAAGAUCGUUCGAAGUAACCGAACUACAGCCCGAUCAUACGUAUAGAUUUCGAAUUGCAGCCGUAUAUUCCAAUAAUGACAAUGCCGUGAGUCCGAUAUCGGUUCGCUUCCACUUGUCGCGCAAGGAUGGCUUCGACAGCAACACGAUGCCAAUACCUCUGCUAACGCACACGGAGGCCUUGAGCCCGAACGAGGUCCUGCUCAUCUGGCAGAAUACAAACCGCUCGGCGGACAUCGACGGCUUCUACGUCUAUCAUCGCGCCUCGACCUCCGCUGGCGAUUACAUCAAGACGACCGUCGAGGGCAAGAUCUCGAGCAACAUCACCAUAUCUCACUUACAGUCCGACACCGCCUACGAAUUCAAGGUUCAAAGCUUCUCCGUCGGCGCGGCAUCCGAGUUCUCGCAGAUACUGCGUCAAAAAACGCGAAAGGUCGUGACGGAGGCGCCGGUGCCCCAGGUCCUCGCCGAGAACAAGGUCAAGUCGCCCGUGGAAAGCGUGAGGAGCUCCAACAUGUACGCGAUUAUCGGUGGUGUAUUGGGUGGAGCCAUACUUUUGGCAGGACUCGCCGCCGUCGGCGUCGCCUACAAGAGGAGCAAGCACAAGCAGAGCCGGGAGUCCUCACAGGAUGAGGGUAAACCAAUAACAAAUGGCAGGGUAAUGAAUGGUGGAAUAACAGAUUCUAAGAUAAACAUAACAUCUAAUCCACUGGCAGGUCUUGAAUCUACCGAGGACUCGAUGCAGCCUAAGAGCGGACAACAGUCGCCAAUGGAAAUGGCCUCGUUUCUUAACGGGCAGAACAACAACGGCAGCAACAACAGCCACCAGAGCCAGCAGCAGAACCACGUGGCCGGGACUCCUGUGCCCCAGCUACACCAGGACGCGAACCCGACCGGCGGAGCUGCCGUUAACCCGCCAAUGAGCGAACCUCCUCCCCUGCUGCAGACUGCACUACCGAACGAGCAGCCCCUUUGAAUGUCCCGGGUCGUGUCCUUCUCGACCUCCAUCCAAUCAACCCCGCACCCCAA